CGACCAUCAGACUGGCUAGCACGAAGACUACAAAUAAGACCGGGAUAUCGGGGAGGAGUGGCACAGUAUUCCCGUCUGAGCUACAGAUCCACUGAACCACAGUUCAUUCAAAGAACACAGCAGCAGUCAUGGCUCAAGCUCUGGACAUUGAUAACUGGAACUUGGAGUGUGAGUUCAACAACACCGACCAUCGUACUGAUCUCAAUGGCGUAGAUUGCCUGAUUGUGAGGAGAGGCCAACCGUUCACAAUCAGCCUGUACCUUCGCUCCGGGAACUACCAGCCAGGAGUCAGCUCUCUUGACUGCGUUGCAGAAACAGGUCCUCAACCCUCUGAGCAGUAUGGCACCAGGGCCUCCUUUGGUCUGUCUGCCAACAUUGACACUUCCCGCUGGAGCGCCACUGUCAUGAGUCCCCCCGGGGACAUGGUGGCCCUGUCCAUCUGUUCUGCCCCUGAUGCACCUAUAGGCCGCUAUAACUUGACCCUGGGGCGAUCAGGCCGGAUUGAGUUUGUCCUGCUCUUUAACCCCUGGUGCCCAGGAGAUGCAGUAUAUAUGGACAAUGAGAAGAAUUUGGAAGAGUAUGUGUUGUCUCAGGAUGGAAUCAUCUUUCGAGGCAACUACAAACAUCCCAUAUCAACUCCCUGGAACUUUGGCCAGUUUGAAAGUGGAAUCCUGGAUGUCUGUCUGAGGAUUCUGGAUAUGAAUCCUAAAUGUUUGAAAAAUCCUGGCAAAGACUGCUCAGGGAGGAGAAAUCCCAUCUAUGUUUCCAGAGUGAUAAGCGCCAUGGUGAACUGUAAUGACGACAAAGGGGUGUUGCUGGGAAAAUGGACAGAUGGCUAUGAAGGAGGUGUCAGCCCCAUGUUCUGGAAAGGCAGUGUGGAGAUUCUGCGCAACUGGGACACACAAGCCUGUCAGCCUGUUCGCUACGGACAGUGCUGGGUGUUUGCUGCAGUGGCCUGUUCAGUUUCUAGAGCCCUUGGCAUUCCCUGCCGAGUUGUCACCAACUACCUUUCAGCCCAUGACAACAACAGCAACCUGGUGAUUGAACGCUACAUCAACGAAAAUGGAGAGCCCAUUCAAUCCGGAGAAAUGAUCUGGAAUUAUCACUGCUGGGUGGAGAACUGGAUGACCAGGCCUGACCUCACAUCUGAAUUUAACGGCUGGCAGGCCAGUGACCCAACACCUCAGGAGAAAAGUGAAGGAGUGUAUUGCUGCGGCCCCGUUCCUGUCAGGGCCAUCAAGCAGGGCGAGCUCAUGUUCAAGUAUGAUGCACCAUUUGUCUUUGCUGAGGUCAACGCUGAUGUAAUCACCAUCAUGAAGAAAAAAGACGGCGGCACGUCUACGGUCACUACCACUACAGUGGUGGGCCAGAAGAUCAGCACAAAGAGUGUGGGCAGUGACGCCAGAGAGGACAUCACUCAUCUCUACAAAUACCCCGAAGGCUCAGAUGAAGAGCGGGAGGCCUUCAAGAAGGCUAACCACCAAAACAAGCUGCUCCACCAGCAGGAAAACCAAGGCCUGCACCUCACUAUUGGCGUCACAUCAGACAUGAGGAAGGGCUGCGACUUCGACGUGUUUGCUGUGGUCACUAACAACACGCAGAGCGAGAAGAAGUGCCGCCUGGUGUUUGGAUCCUGUGCCGUGUCCUACAAUGGGUCCCUGGGAGGGAAUUGUGGUUUUAAAGAUCUGCUCAAUGUUGAACUCGCACCAGGAGCAGAGAGGCGAGUUUCACUAAGGCUGAACUACUCUAAGUACGGUGGCCUAAUCACUGAGGACAACUUAAUCCGUCUGGCAGCUCUGUUGCUGGACUACAGCACCAGCGAGUCAACGCUGGCAGUGAGAAACAUUGUGCUGGACAAUCCUGAAAUCAAAGUGAGAAUCCUGGGUGAACCAAAGGAGAAUCGGAAGCUGGCUGCGGAGAUCACCCUCCAUAACCCUCUGCCAGAGCCUCUGGAGAACUGCUGCUUCAGCAUCGAGGGGGCCAACCUCACUGGGGGACGCGUUGUCUCUGAGAGGCUGGGCUCCUCGGUGGGACCUGGGGAAGACGCCAAGGUGAAGAUGUACUUCACUCCCACCCAUUCUGGGCUGAGAAAGCUGGUGGUCGACUUCGACAGCAACAAGUUCUGUCAUGUCAAGGGCUACAGAAAUGUCAUUAUUGGAAAAUAAAGCCUUUCAUUCUGCAGUA